UUAAGCGAUGAAUCUCUUCAGAAGAAACCAGGUUGAAGAAACACCUACAAACAGUGAAGACUCAGUUUCAGUUAAGAGCAAGACCACGUCUAAUACCAGCCUCGGUACGGAUUCCGACAAGAAAGGGUUGAUAAAAUGUCACGUUCCUUUCAAUACACCGGUGAAUCCAAUUGUGCCUCCAGAAUUUGUGCUCACCGAGGAGCAACAGAACAAGUAUAGCCAGGUGUUCAACCACUUCAAAGAGUAUAUCAAGGAGAAUAUUCCCGUUAAUGAUACCCAUGGGGCCAAAAAACACCCAGUAUUACCCGAAGAAAAGGCAUGGUUGACUAAGGAGUGUUUUCUUCGUUAUUUGAGAGCCACCAAGUGGAAACCUGAUGCUGCGAUCAAAAGAAUCGAAGAAACGUUUAUUUGGAGACGGACUUUUGGGGUCGUCAACAUCCCUGGCAUAACUGACCCAGCUAUACUCAUCACCCAGGAUUUGGUGGAGAUGGAAAAUGAAACAGGAAAGAAUUUGAUGGUUGGUUAUGACAACGACAAUAGACCCUGUCUAUACUUACGAAACGGUUAUCAGAACACAGACGCGUCUUUGAGACAGGUUCAACACUUGGUCUUCAUGUUGGAAAGAAUCAUUCAUUUCAUGCCUCCAGGGCAGGACACAUUGGCACUAAUGACUGACUUUAAGGCAGCACCGGCGCAUAUGAAGUUAUCUGCCAAGUUCCCGUCCUUAUCUACCUCAAAGCAUGUUUUGCAUAUCUUACAGCACCACUAUCCCGAGAGGCUCGGUCGGGGGCUCUUCACGAAUAUCCCAUGGAUCGGAUACACUUUUUUCAAGGUUGUUACUCCAUUUAUUGAUCCAUACACGAGACUGAAGACUAUUUAUGACCAGCCGUUUGAGAACUUUGUCCCCAAGGAGCAGUUGGAUCAAUCUUUUAAUGGACUCCUAGACUUUGAAUACGUUCACGACAUUUAUUGGCCAGAAAUGAAUAAGAUGGCUGAUAGAAAACAUAGAAACUACAUGAAGAAUUUUGCUGAGUUGGGAGGUGAUAUCGGCUUGAGUGAGUAUGAUUUGAGAUUGGGAUAUGAUGCUCUUGAGACUGAUAGUUCUGUGGCCAUUGUAACAGCCGCAUGACUAGACCUUCUUGUAUAUAUUGAUGUUCGAACAUAUUUAGUGUAUUCUUUUGCAGUAAUUGCGCGGUUUGGGUGUGCUGCUUAAUUUUUUUUCAGUUUCAACACCCUAAUAGAAUGAGUGAUUUCACACACGUGAUAACCAUCAUAGCUCAUGGCAAUGACCUUUCAGCUGAGACGCUAGCCACAAUCAAGAGGAUUCUUGUGGACCAGGCUACCUUACCGCUUGGGGUCUCGAAAAGCCUUUCUCCAAGAGCCAUAGAUUUUCCUACUACUAUCUCCAACGAUGUAGACAUUACAGCAUUCCUCAAGCGUACCUUCAACAAAGAUACAGGAUACGAUGUGAUCUUACAACCGGUUGCAAAUCGAAAAGACAAGAAGUUGUUUAUUUUCGAUAUGGACUCUACCUUGAUUUAUCAAGAAGUAAUCGAGUUGAUCGCUGCUUAUGCUGAUAUUGAACAAGAAGUGGCAGAUAUCACCGAAAGAGCCAUGAAUGGGGAAAUAGAUUUCACCGAAUCUUUGAAAGAAAGAGUUCUUCUUUUGAAGGGGAUCAACUCAACCACGAUCUGGGAAGAAUUAAAGCACAAGAUCAAAAUCACCAAUGGAGCAUUAGAAUUGUGCAAAGCAUUAAAGAAAAGUGGGUGUAUAAUGGGAGUUUGUUCCGGUGGUUUCAUCCAGUUAGCAGAAUACGUGAAGGAACGUUUAGGCUUGGACUAUGCUUAUGCAAAUGUCCUUGGAAUCGAUGAAAAUAACAUUCUCGAUGGAACUGUUGUUGGUGAAACCGUUAAUGCGGAAAUGAAAGCAAAGUUAUUACUUGAAAUCGCCAGCAAGCACAAUAUUGACCCACAAACAGCUGUUGCGGUUGGUGAUGGAGCCAAUGAUUUGAAGAUGAUGGAAGUAGCGGGAUUCGGGGUCGCUUGGAAUGCUAAACCAAAGGUACAGCAAUUAGCCCCAUCUUGUUUGAACACCAAAUCUUUGGCGGACAUUCUCUAUAUUAUGGGGUACACUGACACAGAGAUCAACAAAUUAAUAGAAUAAAAUCGGUACACUAAUCAUACAAUUGCCUUGACUUGUCCUCUAACAACACCUGCCACUCCAUUGAAAAGAAGCACCUCAUCACCAAUGUUGACGUCUUUCAAUUCAAGUUUACCUUCUUUUAUGUACAUAUUCAUUAGCAAAAAGCUUCGGGUGACUCCACAUAAACAUCCAGAACUCAACUCAGGCGUUACCCAUUUCCCAUCCUUAUGAACUGCGAUGUUAGUGAUGGACCCUUCCAUCAACUCACCCCGAACAUUUCCGAGAAUCACUUCCUCUUUUCCUACUCGUGCACCAGGCAAACACUUUUCUCGUGCAGCGUUGUAGUGGGACCUAUGGGUGGUUUUAAAUGACGUGAAGGGAGACAUUAGAAUGGUUUCUGAGUCCACAUAUAUAUCCCAUAUCUCGUCUUCAGGGAUAUCGUCAUCCAACCCACGUAACAAGUUAGGGCGUUCAAUCGUUUCAAAGAAUUCUAAUGUCACUUGGCCGUCCAAACCAACUAGCAAUCUGAUUCUUAAUGGUGUAUCUACUGGAUGACUAUUGUCUUUUAUGGAUGUGACCAACUGAUCUAGUAUCGUCUUCUCUUCGAAGACCAAAGUUGUUUCCUCAUUUCUUGUGAAGAAUUCGAUCGUAAACUGAAGCCUGUUGAUGUGUUCAGGUAAUAGAAAGAAGUUUUCGGCUGUAAUGUCAUCUACGGCCUUCGGUUUCACUUUGGAGAUAUUUGGAUCAUAACGAAUAGUCGACACGAUCUGGAAAUCUGUUACCUCUUGGUUCUGUUGAAUGUACUUUUGAUAUAGCUCCCGGCCACUUUGUUUGCAUUCUUCUGUGGUCAAUUUACUGACAUUGUCUUCGCUUUUGGUUCUGGCCAUUAUGUACUUUUUUGUGGAGAAUGCGUAAGACUUGAUGCGCAUCUAGAAUUAUGCUUAAAUAUGGUUACCGUAUGUUUGUGAUAUAUAUAUAAAUGCUAAGAAUGAAGGAGGUUAAUGUAUAAAAUUGCCAGAGAGCCAUGAAUCUAAUAGGGUCUGAAUCUCUUCUUGUCACUCAUGGCUCUGACCUUCUCCUGGUCAGCUUUAAACUUGCGUAAUAACUCAUUCAUCUCUUCCUUCUUCUUUUCUCUCAACUGGAACCUAUAAAAGUCUUCCUUUUGCUUCUUCUUCAUCUUCGCUUGUGCCUUCUGGGAUUCAGCUUUGGCAAUUGCCAGUUUUUGCUGGCCCAAGAUACCGGCCUUGGUUUUUCUUUGAGGGCCCACCACCAACGUAAAUCCGUCUUCAUCUACUAAUUCACGUUGAUUCAGGAGGUGUUCUAUCGAAUCCUUCUCUGCCUUGUCAAAAUCAAUUAAUGCCUGGCUGACAGAAUUAGAUAAAGUUUCCACAUCCAAUACCUGGGAAUGAUAUUUUCCAAGAAAGUACUGGGAUCCAAACGAGUUGGCUUCCAAGGGCCAUUCCACCACUUUGUAACCACUGGACAACAGUUUCAAUUUGUUCAUGGCCAAUUGGAAUGCUGACUUGUCUAUAAAAGUGACAAUCCCACAGUUCUUGGGCAAUUUUGCACUUGAUUCAUCGACUUCAGACGGAAUGUCAAGAUCAGACGUGAGUUUGGAUAAGUCAAGGAAAACAUCUUCUGCCGAAUCUGUCAAGUAACUGGCGGUAAAUGACUCCAUGGUGGCCCCAAUAGCUAUAUUUUGGAAAAACUUCUUUAGCACCUUUGUGGUGGAUGCAAUAGGAAGAUUACAAAAGAAAAUUGACCUGGACUCGGAAUCACCAGCAAGUUUCACCUCAUGUUUCUUGAAGAAUAUAUAGCUCUCGACACUGCUGUUGGGAAUCUUUAACGGCAAGACUUUAAACCCUUUGAUCUCAGUUACCAUUGCUAGCUGA